GAUUCUAUUUCUAUUUCCAGCCUUGUGGGUUCGCCAAGCGGGGCUGGAUACGAUCUCCCCGCGUUGCGGAUCUUCCGAUUGUUUGGCGGUUGGGAGAAACAUAUUUGGGAAUUUGGAAACAAAUAUUAACCCUGCCGUCCCUGCCAUUGACCCAAAUAUUGGUGCACCUUGACCAGGUUGAUCCCAACGUUUCUCAUCGAUGCAUCUAGGCAUCGUCGCUAAGGCUGCUCCGUGGCCUUCCAAUCCUUCCUACCAUCCAGUUCCAGAAUCAUCCCGAUUUCUCCCCGCGCUGCUUCCAAACAUUUUCGCUUUAAACAUUUGAUACACGGCCAUACCGAUUAUUUCUCCUCUGCUCAUGCAUCUAAACAUCUGUUGAACUUAUAAAUCCAAUCUAUCCUGAUAUUUUGAUCUUCUGAUUGUAUAGAGCAAUUCAACUAUCCUACAAACACCAUGGCACCAAAAUGUGUUGUCUUUGAUAAUGGGUACGCGAGAUACUACCCCUUGAAAUCUUUCAAGAAAGAUGUUAACAACUCUUCAGAUCAGGAACAAUAAAGGCUGGUUUUUGCGGGAACCAAACACCCAAAGUGAUAUCUCGUAAGCUUACUAUUCACAUCCUUCGAGAAGAGUUUUCAAAAUCACUUUGCCAAAACAACUCGAGAACACUUUAGGCUAAUCACCACUAUAGCUUCAAUCAUUGGCCACUCCAAAGAUCAAAAGUACGAAACCAUCCUACCCAUGUUGAUAAUCAUACUAAUCGUCAACUAGAAAAGAAACAUACAUUGGCUCCGAAGCCCAAUCUCGUCGAGGACUACUAUCCAUUCAAUAUCCCAUCGAGCAAGGUAACAUCACCAACUACGAUGACCUCGAGAAACUCUGGCAACACAUCUUCGUCAAUGAACUCCAAGUCGAUUCGAAAGAGCAACGAAUCUUUGCUUCAACUGCCUCCUUUACCCAAAAAUCACAGCAUGAACGUAUUACCGAGAGACUCUUUGAAAAGUUCAAAACACCAGCCUACUUUACUGCAUGGUCAGCUGUGAUGGCUCUUGCCGCUCAAAACAGAGACACGGGUGUCGUUUGGGACUCUGGCUUUGGGACUUCUCACGUCGUCCCAGUCCAUGAUGGAACCCCAUUGCACAACAUCGCUGGUCGAUUUGACGUUGCCGGUGACGAUAUAUCCGACUACAUGAAGCAAAUCCUCAAUCAGCGUGAAGGAUCAGCAUUUUCCAAGCUCAGUCAAGUUGAUCAAAAGGAAGCCGCCAAUGCGAUAAAGGAAAAGAUUGGCUAUGUUGCUCAGGAUUACGAGUACGAUAUUCAGAUUGCGGCUCGUCCGGAAAAGUCUUUGGAUAAGAACUAUGAACUACCUGAUGGGAAAAAUAUCACAGUGGGACGAGAGAGAUUCAUGGCACCGGAAGCGAACUUUCAAGUUACUCUGGUUGGGCUUUCUCAGCCAGCGUUGAGUGCUGAGAUUUUCAAUUCGGUCAUGAAAGCCAAAGCGUCUUUACGACCAAAGCUAUUUGGAAACAUUGUUUUCGUAGGUAACCACACAAUCCCAAAAAGAAGAUGCUAACAUAAAUUAGGCCGGUGGUAACACUUUAUUCCCUGGAUUCAAACGACGACUACAAAAGGAACUUACGGGUAACUCGUCCCUGGCCGGGAUCCAGGUGAAGAUUGAAGCCCCAGAUAACCGACUCUACUCAGUUUGGGCUGGUGGAUCAAUGCUUGCAUCUUUGCGAACCUUUGAAAACCAUUGGAUCUCCAAGGAAGAGUAUGCAGAGGUUGGCGCGUCGAUUGUUCAUCGAAAGUGUUUGUAAUGCUGUAUUGUAUUGUAUGUUGGAAAAGCAUGGGACGUUUAGUUUUAAAUUUAAUGGUCGGAUAGACACAGAGUAUCUACACCCAAUCGGUAUUUACAAUAGCAUUG